UACAUCAUUGAAUCCUAGCUCAACUAAACACUCUCUCUCUCUCUCUCUCUCUCUCUCUCUCUCUCUCUUAGGUAACCCUCUCCUCAAAAUCAAACGAGAAACCCUUGUAUUGUUCAAUUCAGGUCAGUAGUUACUCUUUCUUCUUCUUCUUCUUCCUUCAAAUCAAAAACACUAUACUCUCUAUUUUGAACUUCCGAAUCGCAAUUCCAGAACUUUCUCCAAUGACUGACCCUUCCGAAGAAGCUACCAUUGAGAAGCUAUACCAAUACGGCGAGCAACUCAACAGCGCCAAAGACAAAUCUCAGAACGUGAAGGAUUAUCAAGGAAUCAUAGCUGUAGCCAAAACCAGUGUCAAGGCUAAACAACUCUCUGCACAGCUCAUUCCUAAGUUCUUCAAAUUUUUUCCUGAACAAGCUGGUGCCGCACUCGAAACUCAUCUUGAUUUGGUUGAAGCUGAUGAACUUGGGGUUCGGGUGCAAGCGAUAAGAGGACUGCCUCUUUUCUGCAAGGAUACACCGGAGAAUAUUGGAAAAAUGGUAGAUAUUCUUGUGCAACUUCUUGGGACUGAGGAAUUUGUGGAGCGUGAUGCUGUGCACAAGGCUCUUAUGUCUCUGCUGAGGCAGGAUGUGAAAGCUUCUUUGACAUCUUUGUUUAAGCACAUUAGAGGUGUUGAAGAGCCAAGCACAGAGCCAAGCACGGAUGAUGUUAUUCGUGAAAAGGUUAUAAACUUUGUUAGAGAUAAGGUUUUCCCUAUUAAAGCUGAACUGUUAAAGCCCCAAGAGGAAAUGGAAAGACACAUAACCGAUUUAAUUAAAACGAGUUUAGACGAUGUAACUGGUGUAGAAUUUAGAAUGUUUAUGGAUUUCCUGAAGAGUUUGAGCCUAUUUGGAGAAAAGUGUCCUCAUGAGCGGAUAAAAGAGCUGAUUGGAGUCGUUGAAGAACAAGCUGAAUUAGAAUUAGAAUUCAAAGUUGCAGAUGCAGAUCAUAAUGAUAGGUUGAUAUCAUGCCUUCACAUGGCACUACCAAUUGUUGUGAGGGGUGCAUCCAGCAGCAAUUUUAUGAACUUCAUAAACAAAAAGAUAAUACCUGUUUUUGACCAGCUACCGGGAGAACGAAAAGUAGAUUUGCUCAGAAGCCUUGCAGAGUUUUCACCUUUCACAACACCACAAGAUUCACGGCAAAUGCUUCCUUCUAUUGUUCAGUUGCUGAAGAAAUACAUGACAUGGAAGAAGACUGGAGAAGAGAUGAACUUUACAUACGUUGAGUGCUUGUUGUACACAUUUCAUCACCUAGCUCACAAGGUUCCUAAUGCCACAAAUAGUUUAUGUGGUUACAAAAUUGUUACUGGCCAGCCAUCUGAUAGGCUUGGAGAAGACUUUUCAGAGCAAUAUAAUGAUUUUACUGAGAGGUUGAAAAACGUUGAGGAGUUCACCCGGGCUACAAUCAAGAAAUUAACUCAAGGAAUGUCUGAAAACAACAAAUCUUUGGCAGAUGCUAAAACUGAUGAAGAAAAGGAAAAAAUUAAAACGAAGAAACAGAAUGCUACAACUGGGUUGCGUACGUGCAAUAAUAUUUUGACGAUGACAAAGCCAUUGCACGCUAAAGCACCUUCUUUUAUUGGAGACAAGAGAAUCAACCUUUCUUGGAAAGAAGCAACCAAAACUGCAUCAACUACCACACCAGCUGUUGGAGCAAAACGGCCUGCUACUGCCGGCAAUGGGUCUAACAAUAUUGCAUUAAAGAAGGGUCGAGGUUCUGGUGCUAUGCAAAAUCAACUUGUCAAUAGAGCAAUAGGCGGCUUAUCUGGUGCAGGAAGAGGCGGAGUAUCUGGUGGAGGGAGAGGCAGAGUAUCUGGUGGAGGGAGAGGUGGAACAAGGGGCCGAGGCUGGGGUGGCCGCGGAGGUAGAGGAAGUGGAAGAGGUAGAGGUAGAGGGUAUUGGUGAUUCUGUUGCAGUUCUGAUAUAGAUAACAGAAUUUCACCGAGACUGUACCAGAAUACAAAUAGGACUUGUUGAUGUACUAAAAUUCUUUGGCAGAGGAAGUUUUGAUUAUAGAGGAUGCUGACAUUUUUCAUUAAGUUGUACUUUCUCCAAAGCUUGUUUCUGUAGAAUGGAGUUAUUAAUUAUUUUCCUAUUCCUUUGAUGCAAGUGGGAAACAUUUGACUGAACAUUUUAUGCCCCUUGGUUAUGUAUGCAUGUAAUUUAUUGACAAGUAAAUUUAUAUGAAGGCCAUUUCUGAUUUGUA